AUGCGCAUCGAUUCAUUCGAACAACUUUCAACACUGAUCGCACGUUUACGAUUAAAGCGAUGUGGAUCAAUAUUGGCAAUGACAAUCUUCGUCGUUUACGCGCCGACAUUAAACUAUGACGAAGAAGAAGUCGAAGCACUCUAUAUGGACUUGGAGAAGUUCUACAGAGAUGACCACACAUUCUUCAAGGUCACCAUUGGAGAUUUCAAUGCCGAGAUUGGACGAAGAGGAACGUCUGAAGAACGUCACUUUGGGACCCACGGAUUAGAAUGGAACGAACAGGGUGAGCAGCUGAGUUUAUCACGGCGACCAAGACAAUCCAUGGGAACUCGCAAUUCCAGAAGCCCCACCCUCAGCGUUGGACAUGGGAGUCUCCCAAUGGAGAGUUUCAUAGCGAUAUAG